GUGAGGAGGAGGUGUGUGUGUGUGUGUGUGUGUGUGACUUCAUGGAAAUGAGAAGCGCUCGCGAUACGGAUGCGUAAGCGCACGCAGAGACCCAGCGCAAAUUCCCCAUCCACUCCGGCUCACAAAAUAACCUGUGGUGUCGGACACGUCGAUCGCUUUAAGAAACUGCCGCGGACAUACAGAAGAGCUGAGACUGAGAGUGAAUGGAGGCAGGAAUGGGCUUCACGGGACACAUGAUCAUGUGGAGCGGCUGCGGCCGCGGCUCCGCGCUCCCCGGCGCGCUCCUGGGCGCGCUCCUCGGCGCGCUCCUGUCCUCGCUGAGCGCUGCCUUCAAUCUGGACCUGGAGCGGCCGGCCGUGUACUCGGGACCCGCGGGCAGCUACUUCGGCUACUCGGUGGACUUCUACCUGGCCAACUCGUCCAGUGUCGGUAUACUGAUUGGUGCACCCAAAGCCAACACAAGCCAAAUAAACAUCAUUGAAGGCGGGUCUGUGUAUUUCUGUCCUUGGAGUCAGAGAGAGUCAAGCUGCCAUGUCAUUCAAUUUGACAAAGAAGGAGAUCGCACUUACCAUGUUAAUGACACGGACCUCCAAGUUGAGUUUAAGUCUUAUCAGUGGUUUGGAGCCACUGUCCGAUCACACGGGAGCACGAUACUGGCAUGUGCUCCUCGCUAUUAUUGGAGGACAGAACAAGACAUCCCUAAGUCUGAUGCCACAGGAACCUGCUACCUCUCAGUGCAUAAUUUUUCCAAAUUUGUGGAGUACGCCCCUUGUCGAACAGAAACACAUGGACCUGCUGGCCAGGGCUACUGUCAGGGGGGAUUCAGUGCUGAUUUUACUAAGAAUGGAAAGGUUGUUAUUGGAGGCCCAGGCAGCUACUAUUGGCAAGGUCAACUUAUCGCUGCCACAAAAGACGAAAUUGUCAAGGCCUACUAUCCCUCGUACUUCCUCCUCUCAGUCACAGGACAGAUGCAGACUCGCCAAGCUCAGGCCAACUACGAUGACAGUUACCUGGGAUAUUCAGUCACAGUGGGGGAGUUCAGUGGUGACAAGGAAGAAGAUUUUGUGGCAGGUGUCCCAAAAGGAGUCAUGCUCUAUGGUUUAGUGUCUAUUUUAAAUGGAACUGAUCUGAAAUCAAUACACAACAUCACUGGUGAGCAGAUGGGCUCCUAUUUUGGCUAUGCUGUGGCAGUCUGUGACAUCAACAAUGAUGGCCUAGAUGACCUUUUGGUGGGUGCCCCUAUGUUCAUGGUUCGAGGAUCAGGUGGGCGUCUAGAGGAGGUGGGCCGUGUCUACAUUUAUUUGCAACGUGGACCCUUGGUCUUGGAGCCCAGCUUUCCUCCUCUGACUGGGACACAGAUGUUUGCGAGGUUUGGAAGCUCCAUUGCCCCCCUGGGAGAUCUUGACCAGGAUGGAUUCAAUGAUGUGGCUAUUGGCUCUCCCUUUGGGGGAGAAGCCCAACAGGGCCUGGUCCUCAUCUAUAAUGGUCAGGCUGGAGGGGUGAAGGAGGUGCCCUCUCAGGUUCUGGCAGGCCAGUGGGCCUCAAGCUCUCUGCCCGCUAGCUUUGGCUAUGCCAUUCGUGGUAAUAAAGACCUGGACAUGAAUGGAUACCCAGAUCUGAUUGUAGGUGCAUUUGGAGUUGAUAAAGCCAUUCUUUACAGAGCACGUCCUGUCGUCAACAGCAGUGCAUCCUUGCUGGUGUACCCCACUAUGAUCAACCCAGAAGAGAGGAACUGUAUCGCCACAAGUGGGAAUGAAACGAUAUUUGUUUCUUGCGUCAACCUCAGCUUCUGUCUGUCUGCCAAUGGGAAGCACCUACCUGAUGUUUUAGAGUUUGUGGUGGAGGUGCAGUUGGACAGCAUGAAGCAGAGGCAGAAAGGGGCCGUGAGGAGGGCGCUCUUCAUCGACACACAGCAGCCUAUGAUGAAGAGGAGGCUGCAGCUGGCCAACGGGGCCCGUGCCUGCCAUCAAACCAAGAUCUACCUACGGGAAGAAAGGGAAUUUCGGGAUAAACUGUCAUCCAUCCAUGUUGCGCUCAACUACAGCCUAGACCCAACUGCGCCGCAGGAUUCCCAUGGCCUGUUGCCUGUUCUUAAUUAUCACACCGCUGAGCUGAUUGAACAGAAGGCACAGAUUUUACUGGACUGCGGAGAGGACAACAUCUGUGUUCCUGAUCUGAAGCUGGCUGUUCAUGGUGACAGGCAAGAAGUCUACUUGGGUGAUGAGAACUCGCUGACUCUCACGUUCAACGCUAGAAAUGAGGGAGAAGGAGGGGCAUACGAAGCAGAACUCUACGUGGUGCUGCCUCCCGAAGCAGACUACAGUGGGAUUUCACGCAAUAAUGAUAGCCUGUCCCAGUUGACAUGCAGCUAUGAGAUGGAGAACCAGACCCGUUACCUCAGCUGCGAUCUGGGCAACCCCAUGAAAUCUGGCACAAGUCUGUGGGCUGGUCUCCGCUUCACCGUCCCAAGGCUGAGGGACGUGGACAGAACAGUGCAGUUUGAGUUUCAAAUACGCAGCAAAAAUGAGAACAAUUCUCGCAGUGAAGUGGUGCCUUUCAGGCUGGAGGUGGCGGUGCAGGCUGAUGUCAUUUUACAAGGCGUCUCCCGUCCAGACAAGGUCAUUUUUCCUCCUGCAAACCAGGGAGACUCCCAGAGGCAGCUGGAAGAGCAAGACAUUGGGCCUCCGGUCCAGCACGUAUACGAGCUGGUGAACAACGGGCCGAGCAUGGUGAGCAGCAUCCUUCUGGAGCUGCAGUGCCCCAUGAGGGCCCACGGGUACAGGCUCAUGUACCCCAUGUCAGUGAGCACGCAGGGGCCCCUCAACUGCUCCACACAUGGCGUAGUCAACCCUCUGCAGCUGAAGCUCCGAAGUUCCCCCACGGAGCAGACGCCGCUUCUGUCGGCCAGCGCGGACCACCAUGUGGAGAGGAGAGAGGCGCGCAGAGACCAGCUGUCUGAGUUGGGCAACCUGUCAUGCUUCAGUGUGGAAUGCUGGACACUGCGGUGCCAUGUGGGCCUGUUGGAGAGGGGGACCACGGCUAUCCUCAAAGUACGCUCUCUCAUUUGGGCUUCGACCUUCACGGAGAGGCCAUACAAGCAGUAUGUGCUGGAAUGCUCAGCCAGGUAUGAUGUGCAGAAGAUGCCGUAUGCCAUACUUUCCAAGGAGAUGCCCAAGGGAUUCAGGACGGUGGUGACACCUGUGGUGUGGAACAAGCCGGACAACCAGUAUUCUGUGCCCUUGUGGAUCAUCAUACUGGCCAUACUGGCUGGGCUGCUGCUGCUGACACUGCUCAUCUAUGUCCUGUACAAACUUGGAUUUUUCAAGAGGUCUCUCCCCUACGGCACUGCAAUGGAAAAAGCACACCUCAAACCACAGGCUGCCUCUGAGGCCUGAUGGGGAAAAACAGAAAAUACA